UGAUUUUCUAAUGUUGAACUAUCCUUGCAUCCCUGGUGUGAAUCCCACUUGAUCAUGAUGAUUUGUGGUGACAUUCUAGAUAUCUAGAAUUUUUUUGAUAUUCUAGAAUUUUGUCAAGAAUUUUUGAGUCUAUAUUCGUGAGGGAUAUUGGUCUGUAAUUUUCUGUUUUAGUGAAGUCUUUGACUGGUUUUGGUAUCGGGGUUAUGCUGGCUUCAUACAAUGAAUUAGAAAGUAUUCAUUCCUUUUCUGUGUUCUGGAAUAAUUUGAGUAGAAUUGGUGUCAACUUUUCUCUGAAUCUUUCAUAGACUUCUCUAGUGAAGCUGCCUGGGCUGGGGAUUUUUUUGGUUGGGAGUUUUUUUUUUAUAAAGACAUCGUUAAGACAUUGUUAUGGAUUGAAUUGUGUCCCCCCAAAAGUUGUGUCAACUUGGCUAGGCCAUGAUUCCAAGUAUUGCAUGGUUGUCCUCCAUUUUGUGAUCUGAUGGAAUUAUCCCAUGUGUUGUAAAUCCUAAUUGCUACCUGUGGUUAGGGAAGCAAGAUUAGGUUAUGUUAAAAAGGGUUAGGAUGGGAUGCAACACCCUUACACAGGUCACAACCCUGAUCUGAUGUAAGGGGAAUUUCCCUGGGGUGUGGCCUGUAUCACAUUUUGUCUUAUAAGAGAUAAAAUGAGAGAGAAGCAAGAAGAGAGAUAAAGGCUUCAUGCCACCAAGAAAGAAGUGCCUGGAGCAGAGCGCAUCCGUAGGACCUGGGGUCCCCACAAUGAGAAGUUCCUGGACCAGGGAAGUUUGAUGACAAGGACCUUCCCUCAGAACCAACAGAGAGAGAAAGCCUUUCCUGAAGCUGACACCCUGAAUUCAGACUUUUAGCCUCCCAAAGUGUGAGAGAAUCAAUUUCUGUUUGUUAAAGCCAUCCACUGCAAUAUUUCUGUUAUAGCAUCACUAGAUAUCUAACAGACAUCUUCAACUUCUUCUUCUGUUAUAGGUCUAUUCAAAUAUUCUACCUCUAUUUGUAGAUACUGGGCGGUUUAAAGUUAGGAAAGGUGUGUGUCAGGGUUAUAUCUCUUUAGCAUAUUUAUUUAAUCUGUAUGCUGAGCAAAUAAUCUGAGAAGCUGGACUAUAUGAAAAGAACAGGGCAUCAGGAUUGGAGGAAGACUCAUUAACAAUCUGCGUUAUGCAGAUAACACAACCCUGCUUGCUGAGAGUGAAGAGGACUUAAAGCACUUACUGAUGAAGAUCAAAGACCACAGGCUUGGGUAUGGAUUACACCUCAACGGAAAGAAAACAAAAAUCUUCACAACUGGACCAAUAAGCAACAUCAUGAUCAACAGAGAAAAGAUUGAAGUUGUCAAGGAAUUCAUUCUAUUUUGAUCCAGAAUCAACACCCAUGGAAGUGCAAUCAAGAAAUCAAAUGAUGCAUUGCAUUGGGAAAAUCUGCUGCAAAAGAUUUUAAAAUGUUAAAAAGCAAUCACUUUAAGGACUAAGAUACACCUGACCCAAGCCAUGGUGUUCUCAAUCACCUCAUAUCCAUGUGAAAGCUGUGCAAUGAAUAAGGAAGACCAAAGAAGAAUUGAUGCCUUUGAGUUAUGAUGUUGGUAAAGAAUACCGAAUAUACCAUGGACUGCGAAAAGAACCAACAAAUCUGUCUUGGAAGAAAUACAGCCAGAAUGCUCCUUAGAAGUGAUGAUGGAGAGAUUUCAUCUCACAUAAUUUAGACAUGUUAUCAGGAAGGAUCAGUCCCUGGAGAAGGACAUCAUGCUUGGUAAAGCAGAGGGUCAUUGAAAAAGCAGAAAACCCUCAACAAGAUGGAUUGACACAGUGGCUGCAACAAAUGGCUCAAGCAUAACAAUGAUCAUGAGGAUGACACAGGACUGGGCAGUGUUUCAUUCUGUUGUACAUAGGGUUGCUACGUGUUGGAACUGACUCGACGGCACAUAACAACAACAACAACAAUUUGCAUUAGUUUAGAUAGGUAGUGUGUUUCUGGAAAUUUGUCCAUUGGUACGUCACAUAUUUUAUAAGGAAAACCUCACCCAAAAAAUAUUUUCAGAAGGGAAAUAUUGGGGUGUUUUUUAAGUAAGUCAUCCAUCUGGGUGUGCCGAACUUGUUGGUGUUCUCUUUUCAUUAAGAUCUUUGUUUUAUGAUAUUGUGCUUUGUCCAAGGCAGGAAUUAAUAACUGCCAGACGGCGUAGCUAAGUGGAAUCAGUGACAUAGAGGGCCCAAUCUGCCUCUCCAUGGGAGAUGGAAAGGUCAGGUCAGCUGGAGUGCACCAGCUGUCAGCCAGACGGCAGGGGAAUUCCUCUCUCCAAUUUUGAAGUUUCCCUUUUCCUCUGCCCAGGUCAUUGCAUCAUUGUCUGGGAGAUGCCUGAAUGGGCUCACAAAGCCGGGGCAUCCCGAAAAGUCUUGGACCCUGGAGUGGAGGGGAAGUGGGGGUGGGGCUGCAUGGAUCACUGUGUGUCCUUGAAGCCACUGUCACCACCCCUGGAAAAGUUCUGCUAGAAUAAGCGACAGUAAGAAAAACAAGGGGCCUGUCUGGAUCUCUCUUAUAAGCCAUAGGAUCCAAACCCUGAGACAAGUGACUUAAUGAAUGUCCCAGAGAGAUCAGUGGCAGAGCUAUGCUUUGCACCCAGAUGUUCUACUGAUAAGUACAGCUUCUUUCCAACACACUACACUACAUUCUACAUUUAAAGAAGAUUUAAAGGAGACUUCCAAACACCAGCAACUCAAGGAGAACAAAAGAGAAGUCCAAGGAGACCUGAUUUCUGGAUUGAUAUGGAUGGAGAAGCCCCAACCAAGCCCAGAGAACAGAAGGUCACCAACCAGGAGGCAGGAUGGAAAACGCCCCUCCUCCUCACCCUGUGCCUGCUGCAAGCUGCAAAUGCUUUGAAGACCCCGAAGCCAGUGUCUGGGGAGCUUGGGGGAGCUGUCACCAUCAAGUGUCAUUAUGACCCCACUCCUGUCAACAGACACCAGAGGAAGUACUGGUGCCGCUUGGGUCCCCCAAAGUGGAUCUGCCGCACCAUUGUGUCCACCAACUACUACACUCAUCGUAGCUACCAUGGCCGUGUGGCUCUAGAAGACUUCCCACAGAGCAGCUUGUUUGUGGUGAGGUUGUCCCAACUGUCCCCAGCUGAUGAGGGGUACUACCACUGCGGCAUUGGAAAUAAUAACGACAUGUUUUUCUUCAGUGUGAAUCUGACCGUCAAUGCAGGUCCUCCCAGCACCAUCCCCACAGCCGCUCCAGCUGCUAGUGAGCUUACCAUGAGAUCCUCAGCAACAGCAUCUCCAGUGGCCAACAGGUGGACCCCAGGAACCACCCGGACUAUAGAAGGGCAGGGAACAGGAUGGGACAGAGUUGUGCCAACUCCGGGAGCCAGCAAAACAACAUCUUCAGCUAAAGGAGGACAAGUCCCAGGAAUAACCAGGGCACUGGCUCCCAGGACAGGCAGCUGGGUAGAGGGUUGCAUUAGAGCAACAGUUCUCACCCCAGAGAGCAGGACUUCAAAACUUACAGUCACGUUGAAUACAACAGAAGAUGUUUCGGUGUGGGACACCACAAGCUCAGUAGCAAGCAGGGAUAGGGUGAGCAAAGAAGAAAGGAAGAUGACAACUCCCAAGGUUGAUGGGCCAACAGAAGAAACAAGGAGGGUCAGACUACCCCCGAAUCCAACCUGGAAUGUCACAGGAACCAUCAGACCAUCGACUCUGGUCUCAGAAAAACGGGCCUGGGAAACCCUCCAAGGAGCAACAUCAACAUCUGUUUCUAAGCAACCAACCCUGGGCUCCACUGAAGAAACCACACCAGCUGCAGGUGUGUGGACCUUGGGAACCACCAACAUAGAGAUGGAAACUGAGGGAAGCACUGAAGGGGACUUGGCGUCUGCUGCUGAAAACAGUGGUCCCCAAGCAACUCCAAGCCAGUUCCCAGCAGCAGGGCCCCUGAGACCUCAUGGCAAGGGGUCCUCCGUGGAGAGUUCUCUUCCAGAAGAGAACGGUGUCUCUCAGAUUCUGCCUCCGAUCUCCACGGUGCUGCCCCUGGUUAUACUUCUGGCUCUUGUUCUAUCGCAAAAGAAGCUCUGGAGAAAGAAGGCCUUUUCUUUUUCAAUCAAAUGGAGAAAAUCACCUUCGUCUUUACUUCUCACUGGCAUCCCAGGGCUCAAGGAGAAGUUCUUUGGAGGAUGGCAAGACAUAAUGCAAACUCGUAGCUCGGAGGCAGAAAGAGCACCACGGGUCACCCUGACCCAGAUGACACGUUUCUGGGAGUUGAGCUUCACACCUGACCAGCUGCCCCUCAUGGAAAGGAAGAUGCUGCAGGAUGGCUCAUGUCAUACCCAUGUCGGCCUGCCCAUCACGGCAAAGGACCCCAGGCCCUGAGGAAUGGAAGGAGAAGUUGCUCAGCCACCACGCCAUGGCAGGACAGGACAAGACAUCUCCGUGACCCCACCUCUCCUCCUCACCUUCCUUCAUCUAUGUGGAGAGAGCUAAUGAAUAAAAAUGUGUGGAGCGAGGCUGGGGGAGGAUGGGGGUAAUUGGUAAACCAUCCUUGGGGCUAAGAAGGUCAGGCAUUCUUCACAGCCAGAGUUGACAGUAUGACUUAAAGAGCCUUCAAGAAACAGUUUAUUAAACAUGGAAGAAGGGCACUAAGAAGAAGUGUAGAAAUUCCAUUCCUGGAGGUUUGAAAAUAUAAGAGGCUUCCAGUCAAGGUGGAGAAUUACCAAGCCUCAGCCACCAUGCCCAGCCCUUGCUGGGCUACCCCAGUCAGGACUCAGUCUGCUCCACACAUUUUUAUUACACCCCCCUUGUGUCACUCACUGCUGUUUCAGGCACACCAGCCAGACUUGCCUUCUCAAGCUGCCUUUCCGCUCCUUUGGGGCAGUGAUUGUGUUUUAUCCACCUCACUAUGUCCUUAGGGAAUUUCUAACGCAAUACCAAAAUAAACCAAACCGUUACCAUGGAGCCAAUUCCAACUCAUGGUGACCUCAUGUUUUACAGAGUAGAACUGAGCUCCACAGA